CGAGCAUGCAACGCAGGGCGCGUGCCAGCCUCUAUCGCCCGGGGAGAAUGGCGCAUGCGCUAAGGGGAGCUACCGGGCCAGAUCCGAGCGUGACUCCGCACAUUCCUCCCACCCCCGAGUCCUGCAAACUUCCCACAGCGAAGGGCUCCUGGAGCAUCCCCCCUCCCGCGUCCUUCCAGUCCCCCAGCAGUGAUGCUUCAGAGCCACCGAGUCUGCACCCUUCACCUGAUGGCGUGGCCCUGCCCUGGCGUGGACAGGGGCGGCCGGGUCACCCGGCAGACCCCCAAAGCCUGCCUCCGCUCCUCCAGCUCAGCCCUCAGGCCUAGGCCCUCGUUUCCUCAGCUCUUGGGUACAUUGCAGCCAGCAUCCAUCCUGCAUCCUGCAUCCCCCCUCCCUCCAUCCAUCCAUCCAUCCUUCUGCUUGGCCCCAGGGGAGGAAUGCUGGGCUUCCAUGAGGGUCCCCACAGGGACAGACGAAACUUGCCCUAGAGAGACCGAAGGACUUUCCCAAGGUCACACCCAUGAAAAGUGACUCGAACUCAGGUCCUAGUCUGCAAAGGUAGUCUCAGGGUCCCAGAGUCUUGCCUUGGGAUAAGAAGCCCCACAGGGAGCUUUCACUUGGGCCUCUCUCAUGGGGGAAGGGGUGUUACAUGACCUAGCCCUCCUCCCCACACCUUGUGAGCACCUGGGAAGGGGAGGAGAAGUGAUUGAGACCCUGUCAAAGACGACAUUGGAACCUGGGUCUCCCGAGUCCGAUGACAACAACAAUUAUAAUUAUGAAGAAUUGCUGGUCCUAGACUCCUUAAGGGAGGGACUACUUUCACUUCUGUCUCUGUUACCCCAGCGCCCAGCACAAGGCCAGUCACCCUACAACGGCUGGAGACUUGGGAGUCAGCGUGCUACCGGCUUGCCUCGGAGCUAGUCCGUGGUCCACUCGGAGCCUCGGUUUCCUCAUCUCUAAGCUGGGGAUGACGGUAUCGACCUGCCGCAGAGAGCUGGUGCUAGAUUAAAAGAGCGCUUUGCUAAUGUGAACCCCCACCCCCAUAAAUGUCAGUUUACAAAUAACAGCUACUCCCAUUUUCUUGGCGCUUAGAGAUCCCCAAAGCACGCUUACGCUUGAGUAGGGAAUGCUGGGUAGUUAGCAUGCCCGUUUUACAGACCGGAAAACAGAAGCUCAGACCAGGUGGUUCUGGGAUUCGAACUCUCCUCAUUUGCUCGGCCCCUUUAAGGCCCCUCCCUUCUAGGCAGGUCCAAACCACGCCCCGGCCCUUCCCCUGGCUCUGGUCUCGGGGCAGCCCUAACCGACCUCAGUGUGAGCGAUGGGGCCGGGGCUGCUGCUGCGCGUGCCUGGCCUGCUGCGGGCUCCCGGGCUGCGCUGGGUACGAUGUCGGAGGGCGUUCAGUGUUCGGGCGGACGGCCUGCUGCUGCGCCAGCUCUUCGAAGCCAAGAGUUGUACCUACACUUACCUAUUGGGGGACCGGGCCACUGGGGAGGCUCUGCUUAUUGAUCCCGUGCUGGACACCGCCUCCAGGGAUGCUCGGCUCGUCCAGGAUCUCGGCCUGCGCCUCCUGUAUGCAGUCAACACUCACUGCCAUGCGGACCAUGUCACAGGCAGCGGCCUUCUCCGGUCCAUGAUUCCUGGCUGCAAAUCUGUCAUCUCCCGUCUUAGUGGGGCCAGAGCUGACCUGUUCCUGGAGGAUGGUGACAUCUUGACCUUUGGACGAUUUGCCCUGGAGGCCCGGGCCAGCCCUGGCCACACGGAUGGCUGCCUGACUUUUGUACUGAGUGACCACAGUGCAGCCUUCACUGGGGAUGCCCUGCUCAUCCGCGGAUGUGGACGCACAGACUUCCAGCAAGGCUGUGCUAAGACCUUGUACCAUUCAGUCCAUGAGAAGAUCUUCACCCUUCCUGGGGACUGCCUUAUCUACCCAGCUCAUGACUACCAAGGGCAUACAGUGUCCACUGUGGAAGAAGAGCGGACUCUGAACCCUCGCCUCACGCUCAGCUGCGAGGACUUUGUCAAGGUCAUGGACAACCUCAACCUGCCCAAGCCCAAGCAGAUUGACAUCGCUGUCCCGGCCAACAUGCGCUGUGGCAUUCAGGAGCCCCCCAGCUGACUUCCUCAUGGAGGCACCCCACACCUCAGCACCUCAGUUCUGCUUGCUCCCACUGGGAUGAGGUUCUAACAGUGAGAGACCCCAGUCCCCCUCCAGAUUCUGUUAAUAAAGCUUUUUUUGCCUAAA